AUGGCUAUCCGAGUACAGAACCAGAGUACGAAACCUAUCCAAUUGCAGAGAGGUGUAAGACAGGGUGACGUCAUAUCCCCGAAACUCUUCACCGCUGCAUUGGGAGACGUUUUCAAGCUUCUGGACUGGAAAGAAUACGGUAUCAUCAUCAAUGACGAGUACAUCACUCACCUUCGAUUUGCCGACAAUAUAGUCCUUAUGGCAGAAUCACUGGAGGACCUAAGCACUAUGCUCAAUGACCUCAAUAGUGUUUGCCAACGGAUAGGUCUUAAGAUAAACAUGGACAAAACAAAGAUCAUGUUUAAUGUCCAUGUCACACCUAUGCCGGUAGUUGUUGAGCACUAA